AACCUACACCAGGCAUAUAUUGUGUCAGGGCCAGAAGGAAUUCGGGCUCCAACAAAACCUGUCGUACCUCAAGGACAGAUCAUGUGUUACCAUUAAUUUCGAGGAUUUACAUUUCAUAACUUUCAUAUUUGAAACUAAUAUGCAUGUAAAAUUUAUUAGACGACAUGCGCAAUCGGAGAUGCAUAUUUCGCGGGAAACUUCACUAUCAAAUCUAUGACGUCAUUUGCUCGAGCAAAGGGUGUUUCCCGAGGAUUUCCCGGAAAUGAAACCAGACGACGGAUACUUAACUGAAGGAUGUCAGUAUUCCAGAAAUUGUGGCGAACAAACAGCGAAUUACCGACAAAAAGUACAAAGGUAAAAGUAGAAGAGAUAGAGGGAGACCAGCCACUUAAUCCUUUCACAGAAGUCCUCAUUCUACAGCAGCAUAGUGACAUCAUUCGCCAACUUCAUCGAGUAGACGACAAAAGGUGUGUGUCUAUCGGGGAUGACAACUUAGCAGUGGUAUGGGACAUACAGCUCUGUUUAAAAUUGUUUGUGUUAAGUGGUCAUACCAGACCAAUUACAUCGCUGCUUCUCCUGAGGUCAAGGGCAAGUUAUUCUAGUGAUUCUGAUUGGCUCCUGACCGGAUCAUCUGAUAAAACUAUCAAGGUGUGGGACCUAGACACAGGAAAAUGUCUCCAAACUAUGACAGAUCAUGGAGCGUCAGUGAAGUGUCUUCUCUCCAUCAAUGAUGAUGUGUUUCUGUCAGCGGGACAGUCUCUCCAUCUCUGGUCCGGUGCUGGAAAACUUCUGGACUGUUAUCAUCGUACAGACAUGGAAAUUGAAGAUAUAAACUUGAUGAUCCAUGUGUGUGGACAAAAAGACAGAGUUGUAGCCGCAUCAGGCAAACAAGUGGGUGUUUACCAGGUGAAUACUACAACAACUGAUGUUGUCAUAGAAACUGGGAAUAUUGUCUUUGUCAAGAAUUUGCCAUCUCAUUUGGAAGCGAUCCGAAGCCUUACCAACUUAUCAGAUCAGUGCUUUGCCAGUGGCUCUUUAGAUGGUACUAUCAUCAUCUGGUCAUCACAGACCUUCCUGCCUACCUGCAAAUUUAAUACUAUAGACAGCUAUCAGGGGAAAGACCAUCUCUAUCCCUACAGUAUCCAACAUGUUAUUUGUCUGGAGGAGCGUUUCCUCUUGGCUGCCAUUGGCUCUGGCUUUGGACUGUUUGAUAUCACAACAAGGAAACUGUUAUGUGAGAAAGUCAGUGCUCACUACUCAAAGAUCCUACAUAUGACCUUUGUUUGUGAUGGGGCUUAUCUGGCCACAUGUUCCGAGGAUGGUAGUAUACGUCUGUGGGGCCACACUCGUCAUCUAAACGGUUCAGGACCAGAGGAUAAAUUAGAUAUGGAUCUUCGACCAAUUGAAAGAUUCUUGGACAUCAGCUGUGACCAGCUAAGACAUUACAAAGAUACACUCCCUGAGCCAGUCCUUAUAGGGGAGUGUCUAGCCCACUCAGGAGCCGUACAGAUGGUGGUUGACUGUGGUUUGGAGGGUAUGCUGUCUUGUGGUGUGGACGGAUUAGUCAUAGCCUGGAAGAAUGCUGAAUUACAAGCCAUGAAGAGGAAUCAAAUUAUACAAGAACAGUUUCUUAAUCCAAGUGGCAUAGUAUGACUGCCAGUUCAGCUCCAGAUUCAUACUAUUUCACUUUUUAAUCAUUAUGGCCGCCAAUGUUGUCACGGUGAUUGACAACAUGCAUGUCAUUCUUAUCUAGUCACACCAUCAAAUCAAUAAAUCACAAACUCAUCAAUUUUAAAUACAGUCAUGUAGUUUUAUUCACUUAAUCGUUACCAUGGUAGCAGCAAUACCAAUUUGUUUGUUAUUUUAUGAAAUUGUUGUUUUGAUGUAUUUUUUAUUGUUUACAAAUGUCUAGAAAGUAAACAUUCCAACAUCCUUUUGAUGGUAGAUAUAGAUGAUUGUGAUGUAAUUGUCUACUUCCUGUGUUGUGCUAAGUUAAAAAAAUGUUUAGUCAUUGUCAUAGAUGAUGGUACAAUUUGUGUCUGCUUCAUCCACAAAAGUUUCAAGGGGUUUCUACACCUGUAUAAUUGUGGAUAAAAACUGUCAUCAAACACACUGUGAUCUUCCUGUUACAUUGUAGACAGGAAUGAAAUUUUCUGCAUUGGAAUGAUAUAUUAUUCUAUGAAUUUAUUGAACAAUACCAAAAUAUCAAACUUUCAUAGAUGUUACUUCGACAUGUUCCUUGCUGCAAAAAGGGAGUUUUUGUCUGAUCAAUAGAUGUGUCAUUGAAUGAAAUUAUUAAUACUAAAAUCAAUAAAAUAUUUUGGUUUUGUUUAUCUCCGAUUUUAAUUGGGAAAAUCAUGCCAGAAAACAAGCUGUAUACUGUCUACACCAAGAAGCAAAAAACACAAUCAAUUUUAACUCUUAAAAUUUACCGAAUUUUUAUUCCGGGGGCCGUUCAUGGGAUCAUAAUGAAUGAAGCAAUUGAUGUAGUUAUAUAAUUAGUUAAUGAGAGAUGCGAGGAAGCAUUUGAACAAACUGGAUGGAAAAAAGGAAACAAUGAUUGAUGAAUGAACAGCCUCCUGCAAGAGGGAUUAACUGAAAAAUAAAUAAGGUAUAAAAAUGAGUAUAGCUGCCUUGAUGCUUAUAAUCAUGACCUU